CAAUCUUACCGCCAUCUGUGAGCCAACUGUCUCGAUAAUGUGGAACCCUCAACAUCUCACAACCCUAUGGGCGUUGCCGUUUUCUUAUUUGCGUGAAUCCAUUCACUGACAUGUGUUCAACUAGGGCUGAUAACAAUUAUCUGGAAUUGCGGUUGCCAGUUUCUUUGGUGUGCCCUCGCCCUCAGCGUCCUCAACACGUAAACAAAGAAACUACUUCCAUUAAAAUUGUAAUUCUGUCUAUUAAGUUGGCAUAGCCUACGUUCCAGCUGAUUGUGGUUGAUGUUGCCCAGAUUGUUCGGCAGUCAUUUGUUACGAAUUUGUUUAUAUUGUUCUGUAAGUUUGAAUGGCUGUACAAAUAUUUCCCCUAAAACUUUCGCUUUAGCAUGGCGUAAUAUACCUCUGCUUUAAAUCCGCUGGAACUGAAGGGUGGAAUGCCUCGUCCGAGAUUAACGGAUGAGGAGCGUGAAGUUAGUCAAGCACGAAGAAGGCAAUUAGAUGCUGCACGGAAAAGAAGGAAACGAAUGGAUGCUAGCUACAGGCAAAUUGAGCAACAAGCGAAUACCGAAGCACGUCGGAAAGCUCGAGAAGUAUCUCGCACGCUAUGUAGGGAGGUUAAUGGCCGAAGUUACCUCCAGACUGGUGUACCAACAAUAUUUCCAGAAUGUAUUCUUAGCCAAUGGUCUGUCAUGAGGAUGGGUGAAUCAGAUGUUCAUAAACAAGAUGGUGACAGGGUUUCCACAGUAAAUACAGAUUGCAGCAACAGUAAACCUGAAUCUACACCAUCUAUGGAAGACAAUAAAAGUGAAAAGAAGAGGGAACUAGCAACAGCCCUACCAGACACCUCUGUGUACUUUAAGGAAAUGUCUGUAGGGAACAACUUAGGCAUGCUGAAGUUGGAGCCUGAUUCAGAUAAAGAAGCACAUGUGGUGCCCAUAAACACUGAAUCUGAAUUCAUUGAUAUAAAACAAAAAGGAACUCCAGAAUUUCAGUCUUUAAAAAAAGAUAUUGAUGGUGAUAAUGGAGUUGAUGUCACUUCAUCCCUACGGAAGGGUGGUGGUGAUGAAGAUGCAAGUCAUGUGGAUAACUUCCCAACGUAACACUUCGUUAGGACUUCCAAAAAAGUGUGUAAACAAGAAGUUCUGGGAAGAACUAAUUGCCUACUUUCCUUGAUAUAACAUGGACUGCAUAGAAUGCAAUGCAUCCAACAAUUCUUAUAUUGCUGUGCGUGUAUUCGUUGCUACGGUAAUGUUUUGACUGAACUGUUUCGUAGCAGCAAUAGUGAUAUAAACAUGUAGACCCACAGACUGAUGAGAAGGAUUUAUCAAGUACGCCACUGAGGUGGACUCAUGUGCCAUGAUAUGCAUAUCAAGUUUCAUAAAGUUUGGUUCAGGCAUUCAGAAGUUAAUAGGGUGGCUUCAGAGACACACUGUCAUCAUGGAGAUGGCAUUAGCCUGCUUUAGGAGAGUAGACUAAAAAUUAAACUACGUGAGCUACUGAAUCCAUUUCCAUACAAGCAUGGCCAUGUAGGUCAGUGUACUGGAUUAUCUAAAAAUUGUAGUGGGUUCCUCAGUACAAAAACUUCCAACCUAAAAAAUGCCAGCUUGAAAAAUCUCACUUUUAACAUUAGAUGGAAUUAAGUAAUUCUGCAAUUUCCUCAAAGGGUACAUUAAACUUUUUCAUUUAGUGGCUCGAUGAUAAUGUGUAAUUGUGUGCCUCUAUGAAAAAUUCAUAUUUUCAUUGUCUUGCACACCUUUACCAUUAGUAAGCAAAGAACAAAACUUGUGUAUCUAGAGAGUUCACCAUACCUUUGCCUUCUGCUUUUAUAGGGAAAACACCUCUGCCUAAUAUAAAUGUUCUUUUUACCCAUCAGUAGUAAGCCCAUUAUGAAAGGGCUGCGCCAUAGCUCAAGCGGUUAGUCUCUGGCUUCUCACCACGGUGGCCCGGGUUAAA